CGUCCAGUCUCCUAUCCCCACCUCACUCCGCUUGUGCGGCCGCGCGGAGCUGGGCCGCUGCUCUCCGACUCAGAGCAGAACCCCCGGGGCCGCGUGGCGUCGCGGCUCCGACACGAUCGGAGAGGAUCCCGUCGCCGUGGAGCCGCCCCCGAAUCCCCGGCCCCCCUGCGUGUGAAGCAUCCCUGUUGGUUAAGGGAUUGUGGCCAUCCAAGAAUAUGGCCAGUAAGAAAAACCCAAUUGUCUUUCUGGAUGUAUCCAUAGGUGACGAACCAGAUGAAAGAAUGAUUUUUGAGUUGUUUUCUGAUGCUGUUCCCCUGACAGCUGAGAACUUCAGAGCAUUAUGCACAGGUGAGAUGGGAAUUGGGCAAAAGACUAAGAAGCAACUAUGUUACAAGGGAUCGACCUUCCACCAUGUCAUCAAGGGGUUAAUGGCACAAGGUGGUGACUUCUCAAAAGGAAAUGGGUCUGGAGGAGAAAGCAUAUAUGAAGGAAGAUUUGCAGAUGAAAGUUGUGCCCUACGCCAUGAUGAUCGUGGUAUCUUGACGGCAGAUACUGGAUCCAAAGCUAGUGGCUUCCAGUUCUGUAUUACUUUCAAGGCUAAUUCUCAUCUUGACAGGAAGCAUACUGUUUUUGGCAAGCUUAUUCGUGGAAAUGAUGUGUUGAAGAAGAUUGAGCAGGUUGAUGUGCAUGAGCCUGAUUCUACUCCUGUUGUUCCAGUAAGAAUAGUAGACUCUGGGGAGCUCAUUGACAGGAAAGACCAUGGGUCUGUGCCAACUAAAAAUGGUAAAAAGGGGGCUGCUAAAUCAAGGUUGUCGAAGGAUAUAUCUUCCGAUGAGGAAAGUAAUGAAGGACAACAUAAGGGACACCGUAAAAAAUCUUCAAAGAGGAGAAGGAAGAAGAGGAAAUAUUUUUAUUCCGAAUCAGAUAGCUCAUCUGAGUCAGAGACUGAGCCAUCAGAUUCCGAGAGUGAAUCUGAGACUUACUCCAGUGACUCAUCUGAUCUCAGCCGCUCAAGUGAUGACAGACGAAAGCGCAGAAAGAGACACUCGAAGAGAAAUAAACGCAAGCAUGCAAGAAGAAAGCGUGAUCAUAGGCGCGAGAGAAGGCGUAGGAAGCGUGACAGGAAAUCAAAGCAGAAAUCAAAAAGGGCAGUGGAAAGUGACAGUGAAACUGAAAGUGCGAGCGAUAGCAGCUCUGAGGACGGUAGAAGCAAGCGACACCAUCGUGGGCGGAAGUCUAAGGCAUCAUCUCAUGUUUCUGCGGAAAAUCUGGGAACACUAGCUGCUUUGAAGGAUUCCACUUCAACUCAACAAAAGAGUGGAAUACCAAGGAGUCCGGCACAAGAAGAUAACUCUCCGCUGCAAAAUGGGGAGAUCCAUACCAAUGGUGUUACUGAAUCAAAAACUGAAAGGAAUGAGGAUAUCAUGCCUGCUCUAACUGGCAAUCGAAGCAAAUCUAGGAGCCUGAGCAUGAGUGCUAACCACUCAGUGAGCAAGAGUAUGAGUAUCAGUCCAAGGAGAAGCCCGAUGAAAAGGUCAGUUACCAGCCUGAAGAGGUCAGUAAGCAGGAGCCCUGUUCACCGUAGUCACAGUCGAAGUCCUGUUCGUGCUCCCAAAAGAAGUGAAAGCCGGAGUUCAGCCAGACAGAGGAGUAUCAGUAUAAGCCCUGCUAGAAGAAGCCCCAGCAAAAGCCCACCUAGAAGUGCAAGCAGAAGUCAGGUUGCCCGCAUGAGCAGGAGUCCUGUUAAAGCUCACACAAGAAGCAUUAGCAGGAGCUCAGCUAGGUCUUUGCAACGAAGAAGUCCAAGCAGGAGCCCGGAGAGAACUCGAAUACGAAAAAGUGUCAGCCCAAGCCCACCAUUGGAGAAGAAAAGAAGCAUUAGCCGGACCUCUCUAAGAUCACCAUUGCGAAGUGUUAGCCGAAGCCCAUCUAGGUUUUCAAGGAGUCCACCUAGGCCUUCUAGGAGAAGUCCAAUGAGAAGUACUCGAAGGAAUAUACGAAGAAGUCCCAGCAGGAGCCCAGUGAGAAUACCUAGAAGAAGUCUGAGCAGAAGCCCUGUAAGAGGUGGUCGACCUCGCAGGAACAUCAGCAGAAGCCCCAGCCUACCUCGCAGGGCAAUAUCACCACCGCCAAACAAUGGCAGGAGCCCAUCCAGGAGUGGCACUCCUGAUGGGUCUCCAAAACGCAUAAGACGAGGACGAGGUUUUACUCAGCGGUACUCAUUUGCAAGACAAUACCGCUCCCCUUCCGCUGAUCGCUCAUAUCACUAUGGUGGAAGGGGUGACCGUGACAGAUACAUGGGUUACCGAGGCUCGCGUCAUAGAUCACCACCCAGACGGUAUAGAAGCCCACCGAGAGGCAGGGCAUCACCCAGGCCUAGUAGGUACAGGAGGAGGAGCCCAAGCGCCUCACGCAGCCCUGUCUUUAGAGACCGAGGAAGGGGAGGUGGAUACAGCAGAAGCCCUAUACGGAGUGGUUCACCCCCUGCUGGGAAACCAAGGUCACAGGGUGAUCGUGCACGGUCAAUCUCCAGGAGCCGCCUGUCCAGGUCAAGAUCAAGGUCUCCACCACCAGUGCAUGAUCGCUCCCCACCCGAUUCCCUGUCUCCAAAGCGUGCAAGUAAUGAGAAGUCCCGGUCCCGGUCCCAGACCCUGUCUGCUAGUCCUGAUGGCAAGAAAGGUCUGGUUUCAUACGGAGACGCCUCCCCUGAUUCUGCUGGGAAGUAGGGGGCGGUGGAUCGUAUUUACAGCCUUUUGGUCUUUGGCCGUUGGUCGAUCCUUCAGAAUUUCUUUUUUCUGUUGCUACUGGUGGAGAAGCUGUUUUGACAUUUGAGGAGCCCCUGCUGGUAUAUCGCUGUAGAAAUGUUACACAUGUUUGGGAUGAUCGUGGAUCUGGUUAUCUUUAGACCAUCAUAUUCCGAGGUUAGCAUAUGCUUUUGAUGGACAUGUAGCACGGUUCUGUGAAGUUGUGCAUGGUGGAGUUUGGAUGUCGUCAAGGUAGCUGAUUGCAUAAUUAUAUUUUGUUCGCGGAUUUUACGAACAUGUACACUUAA